UAGUUGUUUUGAACGCAGCAUUAGUCCUGUUUAGGGGCUGGGUUUCUGUAUUUUAUCUAAAGAACAAAUCCGUUGUAAGCAAAUAUGGAGAGAUAAAGACAUUGAAAAGAAACGGAAGAAGUAUGCCUAUAUUACCAUAAGCUUUUUAAAAUGGCAAUACGGGAACUAAAAGUGUGUCUUCUUGGGGAUACUGGAGUGGGCAAGUCUAGUAUUGUAUGUCGUUUUGUACAAGACCAUUUCGACCACAACAUCAGUCCAACAAUAGGGGCAUCGUUUUUAACCAAGACGGUGCCGUGUGGACAUGAACUACACAAGUUCCUCAUCUGGGACACAGCGGGACAGGAAAGGGACUCUUUCCAGACACUGAAGAAAUGGGUGAAGGAGCUGAAAGAACAUGGUCCUGAGGACAUCGUUGUAGCCAUCGCAGGGAACAAAAACGACUUGGGGGACAUCAGGGAAGUUCCUAUGAAGGAAGCGAAGGACUUUGCUGAGUCUAUCGCAGCCAUCUUCAUGGAGACCAGCGCCAGAAACGCUGUCAAUGUGGAGGAGCUCUUUCAGAAGAUCAGUAAACAGAUUCCGCCCCUGGAGAAUCCAGACUUAGACAGUAACGAGUCCUUCAAGAUAACCCGGCAGCCCCCUCCGUCUAACAAACGCUGCUGCUAGUAAGACCCCUUCCGAGUCCCAAAUAGACCCCUACCACCUUACCCCUGGGCCCUACCCCCCUAGCACCCUACGCCCUAGGUAUUUCUGUUGAUCUCAAGGGGAUUGGACUGGUGUAGUACGAUCGAAAUAUGUUGGAAACUCUACCUGUCUUAUCUUAGGGAAAGGUGGCGGUAUUAUCAUGUUAACCACAUUGCUUACACCGAUCCUAUACUUUCAGAUCGGUAUGAAGUUGAUAGGCCUUAGGGGUAAGGGGCUAGGGGUCGGUUUGGAAUUCAGCCUCCGAUUACCAGUGAAAUGAUCACUCUCUUUGGCUCCAUUCCAUACACGGUUCCAUGGAUCAAGUUCCACACAUCCAUCUUGACACACGGGUCACAAUGAAGCGUUGGUGUACGCAACAGCUGCACAGUUCAGCUCCUGAUUGGCCCCUUUCGACAGUCCACAAUACAUAUACAGUACAUGGGUCUCAGGGAGAGAGGAGGACAAACAUGGCUUUGGCUUUGUGAUAGAUCAGAACCUCUCUCCCCUGUAGCGUAGUGAACAGUGUGUCCCAAGUCCAGAAACCGCCCCUAUAUCCCAUAUAAAAGCUAGUUGGACAUUUCGCCAUAUUGUACCUAUUCUACCUUCCAGAUAUAUCCAGGAUGUAUCACAACCGGGCCGUGAUUGGGAGUCCCAUAGGGCGGCGCACCAUUGGCUCAGCAUCGUCCGGGUU